AUGGAUUCUCAAGUCGUCAAGUCAACCGUUGCCUUCUUGCAAGACAACGUCACCAAGAUCCCAGGUGCCCAGAAGAUCAUCGACAACAAGUUUGUCCGUGAGAACCCAGUCGUUGCUGGUGUUACCGCCGUCGCUGCUGGUCUCCUCACCGCCAAGACCAUCGCCAAGAUCGUCAGAGGUACUGAGAAGAGAUACAACUUUGCCGCCAUCCCCAACAUGACAUAUGAGGAGGAGAUUUAUGAUGUUGCUUGCAUUGGUGCUGGUCCAAGUGGAUCAACUCUUGGCUACUUCUUGGCUCGUGAGGGAAGAAAGGUCGCAUUGUUGGAGAAGAAGAAGUUCCCACGUGACAAGUUCUGCGGUGACGCCGUCGCCACCAUGGCUCAGGACAUCCUCCGUGAGAUGGGUGUGAUGAAGGAGCUCGUCGACGAGAACCUCGGCCACUUUGCCCAGAACGGAGGUUUCGUCUCGCCAAACGGCAACAGCUUCAUCGGUAACUCGGCCAAGGAGAUGGCUCGUGAUGCCAAGUACAACCGUGGUGCCGUCAUCGCCGUCAAGCGUAUCUACCUGGACGAGAAGAUCGCCAAGGCCGCCAAGCGCAUGGGCGCUGAGCUGCACGAGAACACCACCGUCCAGGAGGCCAAGUUCGACCGCUCCACCGGUCUCUGGACCAUCCAAUGCUUUGGUUCCGAGGACAACGUCCCAGUCACCUUCCGUGCUCGUUGCCUUGUCUGUGCCGACGGUUCGCCAUCAGCCACCGCUCGCCAGCUCGGCUACGUCAACACUGAGCCAAACGGAGUUUGCUCGCGUGCCUACGUCAAGAACAACACCACCUUCCCAUACGAUGGUGUCGUCUUCUACCCCAAGUCAUUGCUGCCAGGUUACUGCGCCAUCAUCCGUGAGGCCCGUGACGAGCUCAACUAUCUGGCCUACAUCAUCCCAGGUGGUGAGGCCAAGAACGAGGAUCUCCACCGUCUGCACCACGAGUACAUCGAGAAGGACCCAUUCAUCUCCAAGGCCCUCGGCCCCAACCCAGAGAUUGAGCGUAUGAAGGCCGCCCCACUCCGUCUCGGAGGAAUUGAGAAGUCGUUCGACGACCAUCUCAUCAUCAUCGGUGAUGCCGCCGGUUUCAUCGACCCAUUGACUGGAGAGGGUAUCCAGUACGCCAUGGAGAGUGGCAAGAUCGGUGCCCAGUCCCUCAUCAAGGCCUUUGCCGAGAAGGACCUCAGCGCCCAGUCUCUCAAGAGAUACCAGGACGCCUGGAUGGCCCGCUUCGGCCACGAGUUCGGCGUCUCCAUGACCAUGUCGCUCUUCCUCUACAGGUUCCCAAUCGUCCUCGAUGCCGCCGCCACCCUCAUCGGCAAGAGAGGCAGCCGUUUCCUCGCUGAGUGGGCCGCUGUCAUGACCGGAGUUGAGCCAAAGACCUGGUUCCUGCGCCCAGACGUUGGACCAUUCAUCUUGCUCGAGAUCUUUGGAGAGUGCUUCCGUCGCGUCUUCAACAAGAAGAACACUUCAAUCGACAAUGCCACCUCAUACUAA